AGAGGGACGCUAGGGUUUCCUCGCAGAAAAAAGCGGCGGCGAGGGUUGCGAAAACUACCCAAGGUGCGUGCCAUAGUGAGAUUGAGAUGGAUUCGAACAAGGGGAAAGCCAAGGUGCAGAUGGAUGCGGAGGCGACAAUCAAGGGCACGGCAGCUGGGAAGGGGGUGACACAUCAAGAGCGCAAGUCGAAGAAAAGGGUACCUGCGACGAAAAAGAAGGCGGAUGAACCGAUUGUGAGGAAGAUGAUGGACAGCACAGUGAAGGUAACGCGGCGCCCGGCGCCAGAAUACAAGUUGACAAUGCCUGUCUUCGAGGAAGAUCGCAGCGAGUUCAACGGCAUGUGGAUGCAAACAUGGGGCGAUCUGAUCAAAUCCAUGGAUGAAAAAACGACUAUCCGCAGCGUGCGUUAUGCGGAUGUUGAUUCCCCAGAGGUGCCCGCCGGCCCCAUCGACACUCUGCAGUUCUUCGAAGUCAAAAUCUCAGAGAUCUCAGGUUUAAAGUGGCCACUGCAAGUGUAUGGUUUUGUCGCCGCACGUGAUAUGGUGGAUUACAAGCGCAAUAUGAUCUUCGAGCGCGAAAGGGAUAACUGCCAGAUCAUCAGUGAGGGGUUUCCAUACCUAGCACUGACUGGUCCUGCACGAGCUGUUGUGCUGGUUGAUCCCGUGUACUUUGAGGUUGACCUCAGAGUGAAGGGAACUGGGCAAUCUGAGGAUCAAGAGCUAAUCUUCAUAGCUAGUUCGUUCAGGAAUAUUCAUCCGCUUGAUUCAUCCAUCUUUAAAUGUGUCUACACCAGCAAUAUCAGCACACUGGAGUUGACAUUUGGCCACAUCAUGAGGUCAGUAGAGGCCUCAGUCAGUAUGAAAGUCAUCAAUGGGUCAUGGCCAGAUGGUUUAAGAGGUUCUUUUGCUGCAAGAACUGCCAGUAUAAAUGACAUGCCAAUUGGGCUUGUUUAUAUCGGUGAUAAUUUUAAGCUGCCUCUUGCUGAUGAUGGUGAGAUCAAGCUUCACCGCCAUGUUGUUUGUGCUGAAAUUAAAGAUGGAGAGCAUCUGGAAGUUUCUGUCAGUGCGUCUGGUCUUGAUGGUCAACUAUUAGAAGACGGUCUGUAUUUUACACCUCAGCAACGUGGUAAACUCAAAGGUACACUUAAUGUUAGUUCCUGUGAGAUUGAGGUCACUGUUACCUGGUCCCUUAUCAGGUGGUGCUAAGAGGAAUCUGACUUGACUCGUGUCUGGGCGAGUUGGCUGUCCA